UUCGGUUGAGUCACACAUUUCAAAAUGGCAUCGUAGCAACAAGGGGCUGGCCUUAUUUUCUUCCGCGUUUUUCACAUGUUGCAAGGAGUUAAAGGUUAGAAAGGUUUCCAAAAUGAAGCAACGGGCAGUACUGGCCAUACUUCUAGUUUUUCUAGGGUGUUGCAGCAAUGUCUAUUUCUUGGAGCAUCUUAUCAAAUAUGCUCCAGGAUCUGGAAACAUUGUCACUUUCUGCCAGUUUCUGAUGAUUUCAAUUCAGGGGUUUAUUUUUACAUCAAAGUUUGGUACAGAGAAGCCAAAAGUUCCCUUGAGAAAUUAUGCUGCACUUGUGACCCUCUUCUUCAUGGUUGGAGUGACAAACAAUAUGGCUCUAAAUUUCAAAAUUCCAAUGCCACUGCAUAUGAUAUUCAGAUCUGGAUCUCUGAUGGCAAAUAUGGCUUUAGGAAUCAUCAUUCUGAAAAGAAAAUACACACCUAUUAAAUUCAUUGCUGUUGGAAUGAUCACUGUUGGAAUCGUUCUUUGCACUCUGUUUUCUGUGAAGAAUGAGGGAAAGACGAAAUCAGUGGGAGAUACGGUUGAGUAUUUCUGGUGGCUGGUUGGCGUUUCUUUGCUCACGUUCGCACUCUUUGUCUCAGCAAGACUCGGCAUUAUGCAAGAACAAAUCGCCAUGGAAUAUGGAAAGCAUCCGCGGGAAUCACUGUUUUACUCGCAUGCUUUGCCGCUGCCUGGCUUUUUGUUAUUGGCUAGCGAUAUUUACAAACAUGGCGUCCUGUUUUCACAAUCAGAUCCGGUGCUAAUCCCAUAUAUUGACAUCAGUAUACCAAUCAUGUGGUUGUAUCUUAUUGGUAACCUAAUCACACAAUACAUUUGCAUUCGCAGUGUUUACGAUUUAACUGUCGAAUACACCUCAUUAACAGUGACUUUGGUCAUAACUCUAAGGAAAUUCAUCAGCCUUCUCAUCUCGAUCUUCUACUUCAGAAAUCCAUUCACUAUCUAUCACUGGGCAGGGACAGCGCUUGUUUUUGGUGGCAGCCUCCUUUUUGUCGAUAUAAUAAGCAUGUUCAAAAAAUCCGGCAAAGAUGCCAAAGAGGAAAAGAAAAAAGCUGAUUAACAUUUAUUUAUUGCUGUUAAAUUUUGCAUUUGAUCAAAUUUUAUCGUUCUCUUACAGAA